AACCUGUUAUUUGAAUUUUGGAUUCUUCUUCUUUACCAUGAAGGUGUCGGUGCUAAAUACAGUGGAUACCUCGCAUGAGGAUAUGAUCGUAAGUGGCUGACAUUUAGAUAAAUCUAGAUUGUGUUUCGCCAAACCAAGAAACCAGAAAUUUGUUAGUUUGAAAAGGCCGGUUCUCCCGCCGUCUGAGAGAGGAUACACGAGAACACACGACUCACUGUGAAAGAAAUUCACUGACUUGCUUGCGUUUGAGUCAUCUUUGUUUGACUCAGAAGCCUUUAAUAUUUAAGCAUUAAAAUCUUUAAUCUCUCUUGCAUUUAUGCCAUUUAUAGUCAGUUUAUUUUAAUACACAAUUUUAAAUUAAAAGGAAAUGAGAGUGAAGCAAACAAAAAUGACGUUCAUAAUUUAACCUACUGGGAUGUUAAGAGAUUUCAUGUGGACAUAACUGAUGAAACAAAAUACUUACUAAUGUGAAUUUCUCCAGGUUUACUUGUUCAAAUGUACAUGUUAACAAAAUCAUUGGCUGUUCAAGGGCUGUUUGAAUUAUAAUAAAUUGAAAGCAUGGUACUCUCCAGGGGCGAUCCCACACGUAUUUGAAAGAUUGUUUUUGAUUAGCUGAGAAAACAGUAGGGAUUGUCAUAUAACAAUGCCCCUAUCCCUGAAAACAGUGGAGGUGCAGAUUAAAGGGGACCAGUGAAAUAAGAGGUUUAGAACGGUGCAGGUCUACUGCUCUCCGGGAGCUUUACAGUGUAAUGUCACUAUGUAGCCUGCAGCUCCUUGGCCUCCUUCACAGAUGUUCCUUUGGCUUUUACGGCUAGCAGCUUCUCUUGACUUUGCUGAUGAGAUUGCUCUUUUGUCUAAUGUGGUUGAUCAGGCUCAGAAACUACCCACACUAACAGAGUCUGAGUGCAAGAAAGUAGGCCUGCAGCUUAACCUAAAGAAUAUAGAGGUUAUCAAUUACAACUCGAGUGUCGAUACUCCACUCAAAACUAUGGAAGGAAAAGAACUGCAAGAAGUUCAGGAUUUUAAUUAUUUAGUUUCUCUCAUUGCCUGUACAGAGAGUGACAUAAAAGAUGUGGAGAUCUAAUAUGUCCAGUGGGCGUAUAACUGUCAUUCUUCAAAGCCACUGUAGAAUUUGUUCUUCUUCACGGGGUUGAAACCUAGACCCUAACCCUUACCCUUGUCAAGUCAUUAUUUUUGCUAUACUUGCAUGCUGUGAGUGACCUUGAAUGUUUCCUGGCAAAGCCACACCUCCAAUGAAGAUGCUUUUGGAGAUUUUCUGAGAGUCGGAGAUAAAGUAGCAGCAAGAAGGAUCAGGCUCGCUGGGCACUAUCAAGGACAUCCCAACCUCCCAGCACACAAACUCACCAGGACUUUGGGAGCCAACCCACGGCCAUAGAAGUAGAGGACGACCAAACUCAACAGUUUUUUGAUAUCUUAAACUGAGAUGCUGAUGUAGUCUCUAGUCAAGAGUUAGAGGCAAUGAUACACAAUCGCACAGUUCGGAAUAAUCUUGUCAAGUCUCGGCUGUGGCCGACUUGGUAGUAAUAGUAGUUCCCCUAGGGAGGAGGGCCCGGUCAAUCAACUGUUAUAAUCAUAGAAGAUGUGGUGGUUCAAGUUUGAUCUUUUCAUUUCUAUAUCAUCAUUACUAUACAUCGUGAAUGGUUAAAAAUCCUAUGCAUUUGUUACAAUAAUUUAAACAAGUGCCAAUAAGUAAAGCAUGUUGAUUGUAAAACAAAUUCUUCUGUUAAGUACCAUAGAAAAUGCAUUUAAACUAGCUCUGCUAAAUUGGAUGUCCCUGGAUAAAUAUUGAAAUAAUCAGACAGUGAGGAGAAUAUGUGUGCUGAUACAUUUUUUUCUUAGCACGAUGCCCAGAUGGACUAUUAUGGUAAGAAGCUUGCUACCUGCUCAUCUGACAGAACUGUAAAAAUUUUUGAAAUUAAUGGCACGACUCAAAAUCAAGUGGCCUGUUUGAGAGGGUAGGUGUACAUGUAAGAUAUUUUUAUUACAAUUCUUUGACUGGAUUAUUUUUCUGAAAGAUCAUUAACCCAUUCUUCCUCUGGAAUUUUGCCAAAAAACGUGUUUUGAAGCUAGUCUAGUGGUUUUUGUGGUCUCUGUCUGGUUAUAAAGCUUGGUGGUUCAAGGUUCAAGAUUUUCAUGAAUUUUGGGGUCAACUUUACAUGGUUUUUUGCCUUUUUCUCUGGCCUUCUUGACCAAAUCCUGCUCAUUCUGGCAUGGUUUGAAAGAUCUCUUCACCUUGUACAGGUUAGCUGACAAAGUUGUUCUUGACCAAUCAUUAAAACUGACUACAUCACAAGUGGUAGAAGUUAUAUUAUUAUUUUUUUUCCUUACUCUGAAUGGUAUGCUACAACAUAAAAGAUAAUUAUUUAUUUUGAUCAUUUAUCGUGAACAUUUUGUUUGCAGACAUGAAGGUCCAGUAUGGCAGGUUAGCUGGGCUCAUCCUAUGUUUGGCAAUCUCCUGGCAUCUUGUUCAUAUGACAGAAAAGUAAGAUUUAUCUUAGAUGAUAAUAUAAUAAUAAUAAUAAUAAUAAUAAUAAUAAUAAUAAUAAUAAUAAUAAUAAUAAUAAUAAUAAUGAUGAUGAUUUUAUUAGUAGUACUUCCACAAGGUGGCUCUUCGCCAACUGAUGCCCUAACUACAGUAUAGUAUUACAGAAAAUCAAGCCGAUUUUAAAUUAAAAAUGAUAUAUACACUAAAUUAAGGAUAAGUACAAAAGGUUUGAUAAAAAAUAUGUACAAUUGAAAGACAGCAUGGUUCAAAAUAAUAAUAAUAAAAAUCAGUCAUACGCUUUCUUCUUUGGAGAACAUGAGCUUCUUUGCAAACCUAACAAACUUGUUAUAGUCAGGCUCUUGCCUUAACCUAUCAGGUACCGUAUUACAUAAUCUCGCUGUUGAGUCUUGGAUGCUUCACCUGACCUAAGUUAUUUCCUUAUGUUACUAUAAUGUGCUUCCUUUUAGCUAAAGGUGACAUUAUUAUAUUACUACUAGGAAUGUCACAGCUGCAAAUUGAGCCUUGUGAAAUUUCUGCAUUUUAUGUGUAUGAUUUCAUUUCCUAGGUUAUAAUUUGGAAGGAAACAAGUAAUGGAUGGUCAAAACUUCAGGAAUUUUGUAAUCAUGAUUCUUCAGGUAACAAGAGGUUUCUGUUCAAAUUGUAAAGACAAUGUAAUAGGUAACUGACUGUAUUUUCUAAAUCUGGCAUUUUGUAGUAAAUGCAAUAUCCUGGGCGUCUCCAGACUAUGGGCUGAUGUUGGCUUGUGGUUCAUCAGAUGGAUCUAUUUCAAUAAUCACCAGUUCAGGUAACUAUUCAAUAUACAGCUGUACAUGACAGUUUCUCCUCAAAACUUUUCUUUAUGUUUACUUUUUGAAGAAAUUGUCACACACAUUUAAAGACAUGGAUUAUUUAGUCUAUCAAAGUGAUUUUGUUACAAAUAGUAAUGGCACGAGUCCUGGGACUCAUCUUGAGAAAAAUCAUGAGUUCUAGUCCAGAACUGUGGAGUCCUAGUUAAAAAAACAACAAUGAGUCCUUGGGUCUUUAUGUUACCACACAGUUAAUCUGAAGACAAUAUUUAAGUGUACUUCUUUUAAAACCUAAAUAACGCACAGUGCACAACCCGCACACUUGUUGGUAAACCCGUGCUGUAUUUUCUCCUCUUUCUUGGUUGAGACCAUCUCACACAUAUUCUUUUUUGUGAUUUUAACAGGUGAUGGUACAUGGGAAACAAAGAAAAUAAAUAAUGCUCAUACAGUAAGUUAGACCCUAGUAGAUAUUUUUUAUCCCUUGGGAUUUAUCAGGAUUAAAUACACAACAAUUCUCUUUGGGGUUCUUUGGGUCUUUAUUGCCUUUAUUGCCUGAUAAACAGGUUUAUCACUCACAUUAUUAACUAACUCAUGGUGUAGUUUUCCCUUGAUGUGUUUCCUUACAUACUGUCAAGGUGAAGCCAUUGAGUAAGAAUAAUGCUUGAUGCUGUUCACGUGCAAGAUCUCUUAUGACCUUGUAUGCUGUAAUAUUCAAGUACAUCAUUACUGUCUUCAAAUGACUUCAACACAUUACCCUUAUCUUGUUUUAUCCUUUGGUUGUGGUGUCCUGUAUUAAUGGUAGUUUUACUUUACAAAAAAUGUCUUUUUACGGUAAACUUCAAGUAUAACAAUCUAAAUGGCCACACAACAUCCUUUCCUGACAACAAUUAAAUUUAUAGUGGUUUGUUUCAAAUUCAAAGUUCUUUUCCUUGCCAAGGCUGUAAACAUUAACGAAGAUGAGAGCCCACCCCCUCCCCCCCCCCAAAAUUUUCCACUCUCAGAGGGAAAAAACCCAUAAAUUUCUCCGAGGUGCUUAACAUGCAAUGGUGUCAUUGUACAUAUAUGAUUCUGACUAUUAGAAAAACAAUGACUGAAUUUUUUUUUUUUUUUUUUUUGGGGAGGGGGGGUGGGGUGAAGUAACUGCCGGAACACAAAAGACUUGAUGUACUAUUUUUGACUUGCCUGAGUACUCUCUCUCUCAGAUUGGUUGUAAUGCAGUCAGCUGGGCACCAUCUGUUGCACCAGGAUCAUUAUUAGAGGUAAUAUUGCCCCCUAAAGUUGUACUAAAUGCUCUGUCCAUUAACAAUGUUUUUACUUUCCUCUUCAAAGUUGCUCAUCAUUUUUUAAUUAAAACCCAAAAUUAAAGAAUCUACACUCUACCUGAUUAAGCCUCCCUCCCGUCUUCCUUAUUAUUCUUCACUUAAAAAUUAAAGAUAGACUGCAUUAAUCAAUCUUGACUGUAAACGUUUGUGUGGACUGACCCAGGAUGGCUUAUUUACCAGCUGGAAGUUCAGAUUUGUUUUUGAUCCUUGGCUGCAUAAUACUGGCAUAACCUGCAACGUCUUGUACUUGAGAUUUUCCACCUAGUUUUUCGUUUCUUUAUAGAGAAACAAUGCCAUCUAUUUAUGGCAUCCACCGAUACCAUAAAUAAGCCUCCUCCCCACCCCUUUGAAAUAAGCCCCCUGUCUCUAUUAGGCUCCCCCUCAAAUGUGUUUGAAAUAAAUAAGCCCCCUGUAAUAGAGGAUUUACAGUAUUAUAAGUUUGUGGAUCUUGAGCUGUUUGCCAAUCCAAACUAAAGAUUUAAUGAUACGUGUACCUGCCAAAAACUAAUGCUCUAGAGGAAUGGAGGAUUGUUGUGGACAAUAAAGAGAAGCGUAAAGAGCUUAUUCAUGCUUUUUGUGAAGAAUAACAUUUGGCAAAGGAUAAAAGGAGUACUGUAUACUUCCACUUGUAAGCCCUAGGCAUAUUUAACUUUGUAUUGGGAUUUAGGAGUGGUUAUAAACAGGUGGGAGGGGGGGGGGGGCUUCUAACUGAACUAAAAAAAUGUAUUUCAAAACAAGUUCCAUUGCAGUGCUAUAAGCUACAUGGCAAUGCUCUUUUUUUUAAGCCUCUAAACAUCGUGAAAAAUCAAAUUCAUUUCAAUACAAGGUAGAGGGAGGCCUCCAUUUGGGGAGCCUUUUUUGGUGUACAGACAGAUGGGCUUUUAAUUGGGCGGAGGGGGGGGCUUAAAAGCGGCGGAGGGGGCUUAUAAGGAGAAGUUUACCGUAUGAGAACCACAAUGAAAGGAGGAGAGUAACAAAAAACUGAGGUCUAUGUGUAUCUCUAAAAUAUUCUGUGUCUUGCCUUUGUUGUGUUACAUGUAUAAGGUAUUUAUGUUGCAGGCAAAAUGCAGUCUCAGGUUAAACCAGAAUUUCCUUGAUCUCCUGUGAAUAACAAUAAACAAAGUAGGAUGAAUGCUGGCUUGACCUUAGAACAGAUUUGACCUGCAACAUAAUUAUUUUGGGGGAUGAUAAGAGUCACUGAUGACACCUAUUAUGAUUUUCCUCAUUUUAGCCUGGAUCUAAGCCUAGUGUGGUGGUUAAAAGAUUUGUCACAGGAGGAUGUGAUAACUUGGUGAAAGUUUGGAAGUAAGUACAUGUAACAAGGUGUAUUUUUUCACCAUCUUAGGGGGUUACUAUUAAUAGCAGUACAUGUGUCACUGUUGUACUUUUUGACCAAUGACGAUCAUGAUGCCAAUGAGGNGGGGGGGCUUAAAAGCGGCGGAGGGGGCUUAUAAGGAGAAGUUUACCGUAUGAGAACCACAAUGAAAGGAGGAGAGUAACAAAAAACUGAGGUCUAUGUGUAUCUCUAAAAUAUUCUGUGUCUUGCCUUUGUUGUGUUACAUGUAUAAGGUAUUUAUGUUGCAGGCAAAAUGCAGUCUCAGGUUAAACCAGAAUUUCCUUGAUCUCCUGUGAAUAACAAUAAACAAAGUAGGAUGAAUGCUGGCUUGACCUUAGAACAGAUUUGACCUGCAACAUAAUUAUUUUGGGGGAUGAUAAGAGUCACUGAUGACACCUAUUAUGAUUUUCCUCAUUUUAGCCUGGAUCUAAGCCUAGUGUGGUGGUUAAAAGAUUUGUCACAGGAGGAUGUGAUAACUUGGUGAAAGUUUGGAAGUAAGUACAUGUAACAAGGUGUAUUUUUUCACCAUCUUAGGGGGUUACUAUUAAUAGCAGUACAUGUGUCACUGUUGUACUUUUUGACCAAUGACGAUCAUGAUGCCAAUGAGGUUACGUAAUUUGUUUGGUAGUCAUCACUUUUUGUGUUUGGUGAUUCCAUGUAUUUUCCUUUGUGGCCUAAAACUUCAAUUGCAAUCAACAGCCCAGAAAUAUAAUUAUGUCAUUUUUCCAAGUAUUCUUUUGUUAUUGAUUUAGUACCCAGAACCUUCUUUAUCUCUUCUUUUUUCCUCAUCUGUUCUUUUCUUCAUUAAACUUAUUUUGUUUUUCAUUUAGAGAGGUGGAUGGUCAAUGGGUCGAAGAAGAGAAACUUGAGGCUCAUAGUGACUGGGUCAGAGAUGUUGCCUGGGCUCCUAAUGUGGGGUUACCUGUCAGCACCAUAGCAUCAUGUUCCCAGGUAGAUUUUUCUCUGGUAGGGCAGCUUUGGACUGCAUUAUUUUACUUUCUUCAAAGGCAAACUUUGGAAAACACAGACCAGAAAUCAGUUAUUUCUCUCCCCUUCUCUCCUAAACAGUCAGGACGCCCAGUUGUAAUAAUUAUUACAUAAUGGCAGAAGUUUAUCUCAGCCAAUUUUAUCAUAGGAUUUUGCAGCAAUCUGCUAUCAGUUUGCUGAUAACAGCAACAUGUCCACAAUGCACAAGUCAACUGUUGACUGUUCCCUAGGGGAAAAUUUAAAGUGGAAUUGUUAAACCCCUCUCUCAAAUUUUUCUUUUUAAAGUUUGAAAAAAGUUUUAUUCAGAAUAGCAUCCCCCAAUAGCUGUUAAUCCUUAAAGUAAAAUUAAUAGAGUGGAAGCUCUCAUGGGCAGACACCCUUGGGACACGAAAAAGGUAUUUGCAGGGUGCAAAGAAAAUCAGUUUUACAGCCUGCCUUUCGGGCAAGCUGUAGCUAGCAUGUACAUGUACUAGGCUAGCCAACAAGUCAUUUCAACUAGCCCCAAAACCCUUUUUGAUUAGCAGGAUUGAUUACAAUCCUUCUGUAAUUUGAAUUUCCCCAAAAAACAGCACUUGCCUGUCAGGCAAGUUAAGAACAAAAAUCACUAGCGCAAUAGCAAAAUCCACCAGCCCCGUGCUAUCGGACACGACUUUCUUUGCACACUGGUUUGUAAGUGGAGCUGGCACUUAAGGAAUGUAAAAACACAGUUUGUAUUGGAGUUAAGAAACCACAUAUUGAUUUCGUCUCAAAAAAAAUUUCGAAAAGUGUGGGAAUUAUUGCGAAAGCCCGCUUUUACCUAUCAUCCCAAACUUUGAUGACCUUGUAUUACUCCCUUGUAUAUCCUUUCUUAACAUACUGUAAUGUCGCCUGGUCCUCCACCUACUGUUCCAACCUAAACUGUAUUUACCUUUUGCAAAAGCAUCUAGUGCGACUCAUAACAAAAGCUCACUAUCUAGCAAUUACUGCCCCUUCAUUUAGCCAGCUUAAAGUCCUUGACAUAUUUAGUAUUAAUUCAUUUUCUGUCGCUACCUUUAUGUAUUCUUAUCACCAUAAUCUUUUGCCUAAUAGCUUUCAUGACUUGUUCUUAAGUAGUAAUCAAGUCCAUCAAUACGAAACUCGACUAGCCUCUCAAUAUAGACCUCAUUUUUGUAGAACAAAUAUAAAGCAAUUCAGUAUCCUUUACCGGGGACCUAAAAUCUGGAAUUUGUUGCCUGUUUCACUAAUUAGCUCUCCUUCUAUAUCUGUUUUUAAAAAAAAUUUAAAGAAUUAUCUCACUGAUAGCCGAUCUGUCAUUUAAUUUUCUGAUCUUGCUCACAAUGCACUCAGCCAUGAACUUAGUUCACUAGGUAGUUGAAGGAAACCUAUUAAUAUAAGCUUCAAGCUUCGUUAGGCUUCCUUGUCACAUUAGUUUUAUAAUUUAAUUAACACCUUUUGUUCAUGUUGUGUAAGGUUUUGUGAGUGACUAAAUAAAUAAAUAAAUAAAAUAAAUAAAUAAAUAAAUAAAAUAAGAAAAACAGGUUUUGUGAGGGUAGCUGUUACAGGUCAAAAUUUAAUUCGGGUUAAAAUUUUUUAACUUGGGUUGAUUCUGAAUUUACUUUGUCACCUAGCCCUAUUUAUUCAUGAAUUACGGCUAGUAGACAAAGGAAAUUCAGAAUCAACCUAGGUUUAAAAAUUUUAACCGGACCUGUAACAUAGCCAUUAGUAGAGCUGUCCACUUAGGAGAGUCUUGGUUAGGAGAGCUUCCAGUGAAAGUUACUUUGAGAACUUGACAGCAUUUUGUUUGGUUUUUUGACAGGAUUGCCGUGUAGUUAUCUGGACAAAAAAUGAGGUUACAGGUGGUGGUUGGUCUUCUAAGGUAAAUACAAGGUCUCUAAAAACAUCUACUGGGACUCAAGUCUUAAGAUCAAAGAGUUGUUUCCGAUAAAGAAAUUAGUAGUUACAACACAAUUUUGACAAUAAUUGUAAGUGCUGCUGUAGUUACCCUAUUUACAAUACAGUCAAUCCUUCAUGUGUGACCACUUGUUAUAAAUGACUGCCUCUCAAAAGCAGUCACAAACUCAUUUAACCCUUAAGCCCCAAUAUCCACAUACAAAUUCUCCAAACUGAUCUCCAUACAUUUCCCCCCUUAAAAAAUUAGUUGAGAGAAUUUGAUAAAAGUUCAAAGAUUUUUCUCUUUGAGAUGAUUUUAUUAAUUCUCGUAGACUUUGCUCUUGACGAGUUAUGGAUAUGGUUUGGAGAAAAUAGAUUUUGGUCACUAUUGGGAGUUAAAAGGGUUAAGCAAUCACCUGAUACUAUGGUCUUCUCUUUGUGUUCACUGUAUGUACAACACUAUUCAGAAUAUGAGAAGAACUCUAAGAAACAACAUGAAUUUACAUACACUGUAUGUUCUUGCAUUCAAUACAUUCUCUCCAAAAAGGAGAUGUGUCUAGACUUCUCCUCUUGAAAGACCUCCUGCAGUUUGACUCUUGUAAACACCUACCUCCCUUAAGAGUCCAUUACAGUAACUCUUUACAUUUUAUGUGGUCACUUAUGGGACGUUACAGUCAAGACAGGUCAAGCGUACCCUCCAAGAUUCUAUUAAUGAAUUUAUUAUUUGAAAAAUGAAUCUGUUAGUCAUUCCCGUAACUACUGUCAAAUUCAAAUUAGCAUUCCUGCAUGUGUGAUGAGAAGUGAAUAUUUUAUGAGAAAUUCUCUAUAUUUGGUCCGAUUGAAAAUCUUUGAAUGGAUAAAAUUGCUUCAAGACAUUUACAUCAAUUCAGGGAAACUAAGCUGGCAGUAUAACUGCCUCGUUGUGAAUUUACUGCUCAUUAUGCAUGCAAGAAUGCAGAGAUGAAUCUGAAAUCUACAACUACCAAUGGAUUCAACUUUUGAAUAAUAAAUUCAUUAAUGCAAUCUCAGGGGGUACGCUCCGACGACCUUCCUUGACUGUAAACUGUAAAUGACGUACAUGUAAGUCUGUUAUAACAUGAUAAAAGUGGUGACAACUACUGGGUACAAGAAAAUUGUUGUCCAAUCACCAACACCAAGGGCUAGUGGAGCAACACAUUGGGCGAGCCUGUUUUAAUUAUGAGCUGUCUUAUGGGCAAGCAUCAUUUGCCACAAUUAAGUAAAUUUUAGUAAAAGGGAGGUUGGUAGUUAAGUGCAUGACUGCUCUGGUCUAGUGACAAUUUAGAUCAUUAUACGUUUCUGGGAAACUGUCCACCUACCUCUCCCCUAAGCCAACAUGAACACUUACUUCUCAUGUAGGGAAAAUGUUUGCUUAGGGAAAGGAUAGGUGGACAGUUUCUCAGAGACGUGUAAUUAUCCGUAAGUUUUAACACCAGAAUAAGCAAGCAAUUUUGUUAAAUUUUCAUCUCACCAUGUAUAAAGAGACUGAAAGGGGCCCCCUAAACUUUUCUUAGCAAUUUAUUAUUGCAGCUUAUUGCUAAAUGGCCAAGUUUGAUAACAAGGUUGUGUUUACUUUUCAGGUUUUAAAGAAGUUUGGUGAUGUUGUUUGGCAUGUUAGUUGGUCUGUAACAGGGAAUAUUUUAGCUGUAUCUGGUGGAGAUAACAAGGUAAACUUAAUGCAGAAUCAGCCUUAAGUUGGCUGAGAUGACAUGUUAAAUGACACUUUUUAUCUGUUUUGACCCUUUCUUGAAAGUUGUGUAAGAAACAGGCGAGAGAUAUCCUCUCUCUGAUAGUCACCUUCACCCAAAACUGUCUAGGUUUUUUUUAGGCAAGAAAGAAACAGUUCAACUUUUGUUGAGGGGGUGUGGGGGAAGAGAAGGCAGCAUGGCCAUGUGGUCAGCGCAUCGGACUUGCAAUCCAGCUGUCCCGGGUUCGAGUCCCGCUCUGGCCGCUUCCUGGAUUUGUUCUCAGUCGUCCCAAGUUCAAAUCCUCGGUCACUCCUGUAAAUAGCCAACUGGAUACCUCCUGCCAGUUGGGGCUUUUAAUCCUGGUUUAUUGUGUUUGAAUUAUUUGUUUUUAGUGGAAUGCCUAUAAACUAGCUGGAUAAGCUAAGUGCUAUUUUCACUAUAAACAAGCCUUUAAAACUUUAAGAGACGGCUACAGGUGAAACGGUACAAGGGACUUUAUAAGGAGUCACUUACUUUCACAGGACGUGAAAGUGACGUCUAACUUUUAAGAGGAUCGAACAAAAGGAUUUGCUUUUGUACAGGUGAGCUUAUGGAAGGAGUCUCUUGAAGGCCAAUGGGUGUGUGUUAGUGAUGUAUACAGAGGGCAAGGGCAGGAAACGCAAUGAUGUUUUUGUCAUUUCUUGGCCUUUUAGGCAAAAAAAAAAAAACAUUUUAGAUAGCAAGAAGAAUUAUGUACAGGGUGUAAAAUAUGUCUUACCUCUCUAUACCUAAAGUGUACAACACAGACAAAAUUUAUUACAUUGAAGAAUAGGUUUGUGGUGUUCUCUGGCCCGAAUGCAAGUUUUGCUCUUUGAUUGCAUGUGCAGAAACAGGAGCGUACUUACACUGAAUUUAUGUUUCUUUUUGUGCAAAAUGUACAUGCAGUGGUUGUGUUCGAAUGCGAAAAAUCAGUGUCUGUUUAGUUUGCGUCCUUAUUAAUAAUUAUUAAUCUCCUCCCUUUCUCCCAGCUAUUGAGACGUUUCAUCAAAGUUGUCAUAAAUUUUUAAAUAAAAAAGAAUAGUUUUCAAGCUACACUGUGAAAGUAGUUUCAGUUUUUAAUUAUUAUAAGACAGUUCCUUGAAAAAGAACUGCUUAUUAUUUUUGUCCUCUUAAAGUAAUGUGAUCCUUGCAAUCACAUAAUUGUAGUUCACAACACAGCAGUGAAACUCCAUACAGCAGAACCGUUACCGUUCUCAGGAUAUUUUUCUCAACGUCAGUAUCCUCAAACAAUUAAUAUGCUAAAGCAUGGCAUAGCUGGCGAGAGAAGGCUCUAAGAACACGUUGAAUAUGACAGUCGUUGAAUAUAAGGAGACGCUAAGUUCAAUUCUUUUAGCAGAAAUUAAUGUGACCUGGGUUUCUUCAAACCUCCAACUGACUUGUGUGAAAAAUUGCUUGUGACUAUGCUACCUAAGCUAACACUCGUUCUUAAAAUUCUUAACAUUUGCGACAGAUUUACUGAAACUAUCUAUUUUCACAGAAGUGGUGAUUAUUCUAUUUCUCUAUACAUAUCAAGUUUACAUAUUAUUAUUGAGAGCAUUGCCUUUGUUCACAAUACGCAUUCACUUAAACUACAGUUCUACCAAGCAGUUUCAUUAUGAUAAUUGUCAUGAAUGACAUUGACAUAACUGUCGUUAUCCCUGGAUUUGUUCAUGGUAUUCGCGAGUUUAAAUCCUCGUCCAUGCUUGUAAAAAGCCGGCUGGUUUGCCUCCGGCCAAUUGGGAUUCUUAACUCUGUUUAGUUUGAUUUGAAUUAUUUGUUUCAGGCAUUUGCACGGGCCCACUAGCAUUAGUGCUAUAAAUACUGACGAGGGUA